AUGACCUCGCGCUCGUUCUCGCUCCUCGUCGUCCUCGCUCUCUUGCUCGCCGCUGCCCCCGCAGUCGCGCGCAACUGCUCGGCUGACCCCUACCCACUAACCACCAGCUGCAACGCCUACGGCUACGUCCCGAGCCUGCCGCUCAACAUCCUCGCCGUUGUCCUGUAUGCGCUGUGCGGGAUCGUCUUUGUGAUCAACCACAUCCUCUUCAAGGGAUGGUACUUCCUCGCGCUCACAUUCGGCACGUUCAUGAUGGCUGCCGGUAUCGCGAUGCGCGUCGUGUCGUACUACCGCCUGCAGUGGAACGCGGGGUUCAUUAUCAUGCAGGUGCUGGUCAUCCUCAGCCCAUGCCUGCUCAUUGCGGCCAACUACAUCCUGCUUGGUCGUAUCGCGGGCCACCUCGACGCGCAGAAACACAUGUUCAUUCGGCCCAGCCGUGUGUCGUGGGUCUUUGUUAUCUCCGAUAUCGUGACCUUUUUGGUGCAGGGCGGCGCGAGUGGCAUCGCGUCAUCGGAUAACAAGAAUACGGCGAACGUUGGAGAAAAGAUCCUGCUCGCGGCGCUCAUCGUGCAGCUGGUCAGCUUCCUCCUCUUCACCUUCAUGUGGUGUCUGUUCACGUACCGCGCCUGGCGCGACCCCGUCCUCUGGGACCUCGACUGGUGGAAGCCGCUCAACUGGUUGCUGGGGUUCAACUGCGUCAUGUUCCUCAUCCGCUCCAUCUUCCGCACGAUCGAGUUCGGCGAGGGGUGGGACGGCAAGCUGCGUACCCACGAAGCCUACUGGGCCGCGCUCGACUGCCUCCCCAUCUUCCUCGCCAUCGUCCUCUACACGUGGUACUGGCCCAGCCGCAUCCUCACCCCCGCGACCAAGGUCGUCCCGCAGCAGGCCAUGUCUAUUCCCAUGGAGCAGAGCAGCUACAAGUCUACCGAGACGGCCGAGGAGCCGCGCGGGCGCCUCUGGGCCUAG